AUGGAGGAACAACACCUUAUAAAAUUUAAGGAAUUUGCUUUUCUUUUCUUCUAUUCCUUUUGUCUUUCACACUUCUUUUCUCUUUCUUUCUUUCUUUCUUUCUUUCUUUCUUUCUUUCUUCAUAUACUUUUUCUUUCUUUAUCUUUUCUAAUUCUUCUAUCUUUUAUUUUCUUUCUUUUACUUUAUUGUCUUCUUUCAUUCAUUCAUUUUUUUCUUAUCUCCUUUCUUCAUUUAUUUAUUUCUUUCUUCAACUUCUUUCUUUCUUUCUUUUUUUCAUACAUUCUUUUCGUAUCUUUUUUCUUUCUGUCUAUCUUUCUUUUUUUUCUUUCUUACACCAUUAUUGUUCUUUUUCCUUUUUUCUUUAUUCCGCCUUUUUUGUUUCUUUUUUUCAUCAUCUCUAUCGUCUUUCCUCAAUUUCUUCUUGUCCUUUCAAUCUUCUCUUUUAUUUAUUUUCUUUCUUUUUUCUUUUCGUUUCUCCUUUGCUGUUUUUCUUUCCCGUAUUUAUUAAUUCAUCCCUUUCUUUUCUUUCUUUCUUUUUUUCUAUUUCUUCUUUUCUCUCUCUCUCUCUCUCUCUCUCUCUCUCUCUUGCGCUAUUCCCUCUCUUUUAUUUUCACCUUUCAUCUCUAUCCCUUGUCUAUCUUUCUUUCUUAUCAUCUGAUGACAAGAAAAUCCCUUUGGCGGCACUUAUUUAUACCACCUGAAGGCAUGCAAUCAUACUCUCUCUCUCUCUCACUCGCUUUCUCUCUCUCUCUCUAUCUAUCUAUCUAUCUAUCUAUCUAUCUCUAA